CCCAGCAGAAGCAGCAGAAGAAGGAGAAAAAGAGGCCUCGCCGCCUCUGUGGACACUGUGACAAUGAACUCUGCCAUACUGCUUACUUUGAGCGCAAAAAACUCCAUUUCAUCAAUGGAGUUUGGGAAAGAAAAUCCAAAAGGGCUCGAUUAGACCCUGGAAAGGAUGAAGAUACCAGAAGAGCUCCAGAAACACUGAAGGAUCCUCCAUCAGACCACGAUGAAACCUCAGAUGACCAGAGCAUUGACGUUGUUGGAGAGAGUGAAGCAAUGGAUGAAAUACCCCCACUAACUGCCCCUCCAUCAGGCAACAGUGAGCUAAAUACACAGUUUCAUGUCAAUUUAUAAUAUUAUUAUCCUGUAUACUGAUACUAAACAGUAAUAAAUGUGUACUUGAUAAUAAGACACUGAUGUUCCUGCAGAGCUGUAUAUUUUCUAGUUACAGAUGUUUAAUAUUUUAUCUGUGGCUGAUGUGUCAUCUUGUGAUUUUUUUUCUUCAGAUGAAGCUGCAGAUAACCAGAACAUUCAUCUCUUCCUGGACUCCCGUGAAUCAGAUCGAGAGGAUGAAGAAGCAAACAUCUGUUCUGUGGAUGUAACUCUAUCUGAGGAGAAUGGAGAAGGGGAAAGCCUUGCAGAUGAGCAGAGGAAUGUCCUUCCCAACAUGCCAGAGGGACAUGGAGGUGCUCAGCCUUCAACUAAACCAGAAGACUUGGUGAUGAAAGCUUUUGCCUUGAUGGUUCCAGUUAGUCCCGCCACCGACACUGAGAGGAAGCUGCUGGACGCUAUCAGUGGACUGUCUCAGCAGAUAGCUCAGCUGGAGCAGAAGCUGGACCAGUAUCUGGCUGCAUCAGGGGAGAGGGAGCAGAAGUUACAGGAGAGUAUGGACGCCCUGGAGGCCAAACUAAACAGCUUCUCCAGCGGGGACGGAGUUAAACGGAAAAGACGAGUGCACUGUCCCAGAAUAGCUGAAACGGUUCGUAGACUUCAUAACUCUGAAGGAAACACCAUGCGCUAUGAACCGGAACACGGACUGGGCUCGCCUCACAACGGUGCAGUCACGACAUAUUUAGUGAAAAGUCUGGCUGCAAGUCCAGAUCUGGAGGAUGUGAAUGCAGACAUCCUUCUGUCCGCCUGUAAAACAUAUUUCGAAACGCUUCGGAGGAACUUCCGCUACAGUCAGCCCAGCAUGGCGGACCAGGCAGGAGCCAUGAAGUCUUCAGCCCGGAGUCGCCAGAGAAGGAAGAGGCUGCUGGAUGCCAGGAAGACAGUCCUUGCUCCAGAGGAAGUGGAGUUAUGGAGGAACAUCACCACUGACAUGAUGUCAGACGAGGAGGAUGGCAGCGUUGACGGGGUGUCUGGAUGGAUAGUACGACCUCCAUCCUUCCGUAGCCAGGAGCUAACUGACCUGUGUGCUGCCCUACAGGCCAGGCUGGAGGCUGAUAUGAAGUACACAGCUUUACAUCAUAGACGUCUUCGGAGUGGGCAACCGUCUGACAGAAUGAUGCCAAACAAAUACGACCCGGCGGCAGCAAAGAGACAUUUUAAGCCUGAGCUGAUGCCCAAACUACUGGCCAACUCAGAGUAAUGGACCACACAACUUGCACCUUUUUUAUUUUCUAAAUUUGUAUAUAUAUAUAUAUAUAUGCAUAUAUAUACUGUAUAUUUUGUUGAACAUUCCUUUUAUUUUCAUUUUUUAAAAGAACAGUUUCAAUAUCUUGUUUUAAUUUUAAUCACAGCUAGUAUUUCCCCUGACAAGGGGAGUAAUAAAGGACUAUCUUAUCUUAUUUUAUUUUUCAAGACGUCUUUGCAAAUAUUUUUUUCCCUCCCAAUAAUUUAAUGCCAUUGAUUGUAGGAUAGCCCACUGGUUAACAAUAGCAAGUAUGUAGGUCAACUAAUUAGACAUAUUUUACAUGGCACACAUUUAUUAAAACAUUAUUAUUAAUAAUAAGCAUUAUUAUUGUU